UCUUUAAAAAUAAUAUUUUAAUAAUUUAUUCACCUUCCACGUUUAUCUUGUUAUCUUUAGGUUCGGGGGCAUAUGGUUCAGUGAAAGAAGCAGAAAAGACAACCACCGGACAAAAAUGUGCUGUAAAAGUGAUUGAAAAAAAACGUGUUAAAAAUUCCGAAUCAAUGGUUUUAAAGGAGAUGAAUAUUUUAAAAGGAUUAGAUCAUCCAAAUGUAGUAAAAUUUUAUGAUUGGUUUGAAUCGAGAGAUAAAUAUUAUUUGGUAUUUGAAAUUGCGACAGGUGGAGAAUUAUUUGAUAGAUUAAUUGAACGUGGUAAAUUUACCGAAGUUGAUGCAGUAGGAGUAAUAAAAUGUGUACUUGAAGGUGUUAAAUAUCUUCAUGAUAAUCAUAUCGUUCAUAGAGAUUUGAAACCAGAAAAUUUACUUUACAAAGAUAAAUCAGAUAAUUCACAACUUGUCAUUGCAGAUUUUGGAUUAUGUGGAUAUCCUCCAUUCAGUAAUAAUGAUAGAACUUUUAUGGAACAAGUUACUGCUGGACGUGUAAAAUUUGAAGCGAGAUUUUGGAAAAAUGUUUCAGAAGACGCCAAAAGUUUCAUAAAAAAUCUUCUCGUUGUGAAACCCGAAAAACGACUUACCGCAGAACAAGCAUUACAACAUCCUUGGUUCACAGAAAAGAAUGCUAAAGAUGUUGAUUUAUAUACAGAUUUCGUUUCCAAUUUCAAUGCGAAAAAAACUUUUCGAAAAGCAGUUGAUGCCGUACAAGCUGCUAAUCGAUUAGGAAAAAGUGAUAGAACUGAUAGUCAAGUUAAUAAAGUGAUAACAGAAAAUGAUAAUGAUAAGUGA